AUCCUGUCAUCGGACCAAUUGGCUUGACCAGAGCCACGUAGGCUCAAAGAAGGAAGGAUUGCAAGAAAAAAGAAGCUCCAAUCUUGAAGCCAAAUGUUAGUUAGACACUGCUGACAUCCGCACAAAACUCAACCAGGAGGACCUGAGAAGAAAAAACAAAAGAAAAUAACUUUGUUCUGUCGAAUUUUGAUCCACCAUGAGAUUUUCCUUCUUGACUGCCUUUGUUCUUGCUGCUUCGGCCGCUGAUGCCUUUGCCCCAGUGAAAAGCCCAAACCGAAGCACUGUCCGGCUGGCCCACCCUUAUCCUGAUCCUCAGUCCCUGGAAAGCAGCCCUGCCAGCAAAUAUGGUGAUCCCACAGCUGUUGGACCUUCCAUUGCCCCAUGGAAGGAUGUGAACGCAUGGCCUGACAAUCGGCCUCCAGCCCCUGCAAUGAGUGUUGCUCCCAGGGGCGGCAUGACCCAAGGUGUGAAGCCAGUCACCAGCACAGUUCCAGCUGAGAAAUUCGAAUACAAAGUCCCCGUCCCACUGAAGAAACCACGCCUUCCCAAGAAUCAAGGUGGCCACUUUCGUCCUGCCCGUGUGAUGGAGAGUAGCGAAGGCUACAUUGGAGGCAGUGAUCUUGGAGUUACCCUUUUGCGAGGAGAAGCUGGUGUGGGGCACAUGGAACCUUUCUGUACAACCCUUCAGGAAGGUGUCAUGGAUUACCUUGGACAUUAGAUAGAAGGAGAGUUCGAAGGCAAUGCCUGAGAGCUCAUGAGAGGGAGACACGUUUAAAAGAAGGAGUCAUGGAUUACAUUGGACAUUAAACAAAAAAAGCAAUUCCAAAAGGUAAGUCCAUGAGAGGGAGACGUGGAGAGAGAGAGAGAGAGAGAGUUCUACAGAGAACGAAUGAGAAGAGUGAAAGGAUCUGCUGUGAUGUUGAAGCAACCCCUUGCUUGAUGGUUUGUAGCAGUUGAUUUUGUAUGAAUGCAUAAGAAGAUGUUGGGUUUCUCCAAUACUGUACAGAAUAAAAAGAAUGUAUAAGUCGCAGAAACUCAAAAUGAACUUGGGCCA